AAUUGUCCCGGUUCGGUCUGUCCCGAGUCGGCUCGGUCUAUUGUACGACUCGCAACCAUGGAGAGUAGGGGCGUUUGAAAAUGGCGGCCCCCACAGUAGUGCUAUACCAUAGGAAUACCAAUAUUUAAUUAACACAAUUCCAUGAUUACUGCGAACUUCAGGUGUCGCUGAGAUCAAACACCAAUCAUGACGUCUUUGUACCCGGGCACGCUGUUUUACACCCCGGGACUCAACCGACGGUCAACGCCCACCAAGGCUGGCACUACCUCCGAGGAACUCUCAAAACGCUACAAAAGGUUGCCGUAUAAUGGUCGACCAUGGCCCGCAGCAAGCCCAGUGGCAGGGGUGUAUGACAUCAGUAACAGCAGCACGCAGCUCAUCAUGAUGAACAACAAAGUUCGCAAGCAGAGCAAGUUACGAGGCCACAAUGACCCAAACCAGGAGUCCGAGAGAAUCCCUAACCCUGACCGUCAUUCCCGAUCAUCAACUCCAGUCAACAAGGAAUUCCACACGAAGUGCCUGAACUCCCAGUCUCCUCGCUAUACACCCUCGAUCUGCAGCGAGCUGGAGUGGGGCACCAACUCCCCUGCCAAGUUUCAUGAUGGUUCCCCUGUCAAUCCAAAGAGGCAUACUUCAUGUCGAGUACCCACCGACCCGACAGCAUUCCAGAUUGGCAUGCUAACGGAGAGCCCUCGGCGCUCAUCAAGUCGCCUUUCCCUGCCAGCUCGGUUCCAGUCCAGUCCUCUCCUGACCCACCCGGAGCUAAAACCUGGAGAACGGGCAUACCUUACACACAUAGCACGCAUUUACAGUGCUGGCCAGAUGAUGAAGCUGAAACAGGCACAAUACAACCAGCUCCUCUUCAAGGAAAUGGAAAAAGGUCUGUAUGGCAGAGAUGAAGUCAUGAGGUAUGGAAAAUUUAUUAACAUGGGAAAAGACCGCCAAUACCAGAUGCCGAGGCCUGCCAAUGGGUUCCGGCGUGCCAUGUCCGCUCCACCCCAGAAAUACCAGGUGUAUGAUAGCAAUAUCAACAACGAUGACUCCUUUUCCACAGAAAAAUCCUCCGAUCCCAAAAGUAGUGAUAAUGAAGAGAAGGAAGGAAAGCGACCCAAGACAGGUGCUCCAAGGUCGACUAAGGGGCGACAGUUGUCACCAAGGUCGAGGACGGAGCAGACCUACAAAUCAAGUGCAGAAAUACCCCCAGCAAGGUCAAACAAAGGGCCCGCAAAGAAACCCCAGAUCAAGGCCAGGCCCAUUCAGAACAAUAGAAAUGAGGGACAAGGGGUCAAAGGAAACAACAAAAAGGAAGAAUCACCAGCAACAACAUCAACUGAAAGUUCGUCUGAUAACAACGGGCAUGAGGAGGGCACUAGCUCACAUCGGGAGGGAGUGGGUAGGCCAAAGUCUCGGCUAGGUCACGCCAGCACCAAAACUGCAGCAGAUGAACAGAAGAGAUCGGAAUCAGAAAGCAGUGGUAAAGAGAAUCCCUCGGACACCAGCACCACCUUCCAGAAGGUUCCACUCUCGUCCCCAAGGGAUGAACCGUUGCAAACAUCUGAAAAUAAACCACUAACCCCCGUGUUAGAAAAUCAAACAAGCUCUGAACAAAAUGACAGUAGUGAUAGUUCACAGGUCAGAAAAGAUGAUAGCAACACAUCUUCUGAUGAAAGUCAACAUCAACAAAAGUCAUCGUCUGAAGAAAGCAAAGUACAGCAAAGGUCAUCAGAUAACAGUGAAGGUCAACAGAGGUCAUCAGAUGACAGUGAAGGUCGACAGAGGUCAUCAGAUGACAGUGAGGGUCAACAGAGGUCAUCAGAUGACAGUGAAGGUCAACAGAGGUCAUCAGAUGAUACUGAAGGUCAACAAAGGUCAUCAGCAGAUGAAGAUAAAAGUCAGCUGAAAUCCUCACAAGAAGAGAGUACUGGGCAGGAUACCUCGGCCACAGAGGAUUACAGCAGAGAGGACGAACACAACACAAAGUCAGACUACACAACCUCUGAGGAAGCACAGCUGACGAAAUCAACAACAGAUAACACCUACACAUCUCAAACAACACAGGACAAAUCGGGGACCUACUCAAGCUCCGCUACACAGGACAAAUCAGGGACCUACUCUAGCUCUGCUACACAGGAUGUCUCCCCACGCGACAACUCAGACAGCACCAAUGUUGACACGUACACUAUGACCUACGACAGUUCUGCCACCAACCAGCCAACAGAUAAUACCACCUCUGAUCCCCAAAAUUUAAGCACAGAGAAGUCAAGCUCAGCAGAGGACAAAACGACCACCAAUUAUACUGACGACAGUAAGGUGCAGCAACCAAGACGUGAUUCUUUAGAACGUGAUGAUGUAGACGGUCCUCGACGUGUCAACAAGGAUAUUGAUACAAUAGAGUAUUGAGCUACACUGGUGUGUGGUGUUAUUGGAUCAGUAGUUUAACAAGCUUUAUGUCAUAUCAGUGUACUUGCUGUAGUACUAGAAUACAAGAAAUGGUUACCUUGGUAACUUGUACCGAGCCACAUGGCCUGUUAAUGUAUAUCUUGUCUAUGUUUAUCAGAUUUAUCAUUGGGUCAGGGGUAAAUUUUCAAAAAGGUUAAAAUAAGUGAUUGAUCAUCCUAUCUAUAUUUCAUUCAGUUCUUCAUUAUAAGGUUUGAUGAUAUCAUUUUUCAAUAAGUAUUGGCAAGGUAUGAUAAUUCUUGAAAAGGAAAUUGAACUAUAGUUGGUUUCUUUAAACUCUCUAAUAGGUUUUGAUCGGACACACAAAUAUUUGUUUAAACAAUGAAAAUGACAAUUGUUUUAUUCUCAUGAAUAAUAAGUGUAGAGAUUUUUUAUUUUUUUUACAAACCCCACAUAUAUCAUGAUGCUUUUAGGCCCAUGUGAGCCAAGUGCUUGAUAUUUAUAUUCUAGAUAUAUGAACCAUAGAACAAACUUGUAAUCAAAGAUCUACAGAACAAAUCAGUUUUAAAGACCUCCCUUAUUUUUGUGUUGUUGCUGUCCAAACAAAUGUAUAACAUUGCUAUCAUUUGCUAAGCAAGAUGGGACAGUUUGUGAGGGGAGAUAACUCUAAUUUAGACAUAAAGUAAUUUUCUGCAACAUGUACUAUUACACAUUGGAAAGUGUGUUUGAUAAUGAAAUGUACAUCUAUUGCAGUAUUUACUGAACAGUAUUUCAUCAUUAUCAUGUCUGUGAUUUUUGUUUUAUUUUAAUCACUUGUUUUUCUAGACAUUUUUAGAUUUUGUUAAUAUAAAGUGUAACCUGUUAUUCAUUUGUUUUUAUCACAUGAAGUGAUUAAGAUUGUUUUACAAUUUGUCAUGGAAGUGGAAUAUAUAUUAGUUUUGAAAAGUGUAAAAAGUAGGUUUUAGAUAAAUAAUUAUUUUUCUAUGACACUGUUAACUUAAAUCUAGCUUAAUACAUUAGGUUGUGUGGUAUGGGACGGAGUUUGAUCAUGGAUCUAUAACAAAGACUUGUUUUCAUUAGUACACUUUGAAAUUGAUUGCUUAGUGAAGUCUUUCAUUUACUUCUGUCCUGUAAUUAAGUAAUUUUUUGACAGAAAUAAUAGAAUGAUUUGUGUGUAAAUAUUCAAGUUAGUGGAGUUUUACAAGAAACCUGACUUUCAUUUACCCUAAAUGUAUAUACAAACCUUUCACUGCAGAUGGAUUUCAUUAAAUGCAUUACAAACAUC